UUCACCCAAAGCACAAAGCAGCCUAUAAAUAAAUCAAAACUGAGACUAAUUACAGAAGUUAACAAAACACAAGGUGAACAAGAUAUUAAUGAACAUGAUGAUGAGUUCGAGGAUUUAUGUCUGUUUCUUGGUUUUCAUGUGUGCAAGCCUGGGUAUUAUACCAACCCCAAGCCUUGGUCACAGUCACAUAUGCCUGCCGGAUGACCAUGUUGCCCUAUUCAUCUUCGGAGAUUCUCUUUUUGAUGCAGGAAACAAUAACUACAUCAACACAACGAACCAGUACCGAGCAAAUGUUUAUCCAUAUGGGGAAACCUUCUUUAAGUACCCAACUGGGAGAUUUUCAGAUGGCCGUAUAAUUCCAGAUUUCAUAGCUGAGUUUGCAAAGUUGCCAUUUAUUCCGGCGUACCUACAUCCUGGUUAUAAGCGAUAUGCAGAUGGGGCUAACUUUGCAUCUGGCGGAGCUGGUGCUCUUGUCGGAACUCAUCUAGGAUCGGUGAUAGACCUGCACACACAACUCAGUAAUUUCAAGAGAAUGAAGACGCUAUUGAAGAAAGAGAUAGGUGAAGCAGAAGCCAAGACAUUGGUGCCAAGAGCCGUUUACAUAACCAGCAUCGGAAGCAACGAUUACAUAGCCCCUUAUACUGCAAACUCAAGCUUGUUUCAAUCCUACUCUCCAGAAGAGUAUGUAGAUAUGGUUAUUGGCAACUUGACAACUGUGAUCAAAGGAAUACACAAGGAAGGAGGAAGGAAAUUUGCGUUUGUAAACUUGGCGCCAUUGGGUUGCUUCCCAUUUUUAAAGCUAAUAAACGCAGGUGAAUGCGUGGAGAAAAUUACAGCACUGGUAAAACUGCACAACAAAGCACUUCCACAUGUCCUCCAGGAGCUAGAGAGCCAGCUGAAAGGAUUCAAAUAUUCAAUUACAGAUUUCAACAGUAUAGUCAGUGAAACAAUGAAUAACCCCAUAAAAUAUGGUUUCAAGGAAGGGAAGGCGGCAUGCUGUGGAUCUGGUCGAUACAGAGGAGUUAACAGUUGUGGAGGGAAGAGAUCCGUCAAAGUGUAUGAAUUAUGUGAAAAAGCCAGUGACUAUGUGUUCUUUGACUCUGGCCAUCCUACUGAAAGGGCCAGCUUGCUAAUGGUCAAGUCGAUGUGGAGUGGAAACCAAGGUGUUACAUGGCCUUACAAUGUAAAAGCACUUGUUGAGCUGAGGGUUUUCGAAGUUGAAUUGAAGUAA